AUGCUGAUCCUCAACAGAUAUAUCUUCAUCCACGCUAUCAACCUCAACGAACUUUUAGCUCGAAUCCUUGCGGCCGCCGGAUCUGUCGACUACCUCAUCUUCUCUUUCUUGGCGUGGUUCUUCAUCGAACGGUAUGGCCGUCGCCGGGUUAUGAUGUGUUCAGCGUUUGCCUGUUCCACAUGCUGGACCAUAAUCAGCAUUGCCUUGGGGUUGUCCCAGAACGGUAAAGGAGAUACGUACAAGCUAGGAGCCCUUGCGACCACUUUUUUCUUUGUAUUCUUUGCAUCAUUUGCACUUGGUGUGCUUGGAGUGCCUUGGCUCUACCCCACGGAAAUCAACCAUAUCUCCUUCCGUGCCAAAGGUGCUUCUCUAGCAAUGGCGACGAACUGGAUCAUGAACUACAUGGUCGCCCAAGUAACACCACCGGGUAUCGCCAACCUAGGCUACAAAUUCUGGAUUAUCUGGGCCGUGAUCUGCUUCUCUUUUAUCCCUAUCACCUAUUUCUUUUACCCAGAGACGGCCAAUCGGUCCCUGGAAGACAUCGACCGAUACUUUGCGGAACACCGCAACAUAUUUGUCUUCAGAGAUAAGGUUGCCACGCAAUUGAAGAGACCGGAGAUGUGGGAGAGGAUGGAUGAGGAGGUCGCGCGGAGGGCCGAAGAGGAGAAGAUUAGGAACGGCGAGCAGGUCGAAGGGGGGAGCGAAGAUGGAGGAGAGAAGGGGGAGCAGGAGGUCAUGUACCUUGAGAAAUGA